AUGAAUACAAGACAAUUUUCUAUAUCAUCAUUUGUACUGAUAUUAAUAAUUGAUGGGUUGACAACAGCUGUUAAUACCAAUGAUUUUCCACGAAUUUUAACUCAAACAUAUAAUCAAACAUUGAAUCUAUCUGAUUUGGCUAUUUUAACAUGUCAUGUUACUAAUUUAGGUAAUCAUCAUGUAACAUGGCUUAAAUAUGAUCGAAAUACUUCAACAUUUUUACCAUUAACUGUUGGUAAACAAGUUUUUUUAUCUGAUAAACGUUAUUCAAUUUCAUAUUAUUCUAUAUCAACAGAUAAUUCAUAUUGGAAUUUAGAAAUUUAUAAUCUACAAUUAUCAGAUGAAGGUAUAUAUGAAUGUAAAAUAUCAAAUCGUCGUCAAAGUGUAUCAAUUAAAAUAUAUUUAUAUGUACAAAUACCAAUGAUUAUUCAACCUUCACGUUUAUAUGUUGAACCAGGUUCAAAUGUUGAAUUAGAUUGUAUGAUUUAUAAUAUAAAUACAUCAUCAAUAACAUGGCAUUUUUCAAGUUAUAAUUAUAAAUAUGAUUAUCAUCAUCAUCAGUAUGAUUAUGAUAUUUAUGAAAAAUAUCAACAUGAAAAAAAUAUUUCUAAAUCUCAAUUAAUUAUUCGACAUGCACAACCAUAUCAUUCAGGCGCCAUGAAACGUUUGUUAUCGAACAAUCAUGCUUCAUCUAAUGUACAAUGUACAAUGAGUCUCAUCUUAUUUGCACUUCUCCUUGGUCAUCAUAUGACUCAUAGAAUAUAA